AUGGCGGCAGAUAACGAAGCUCCUGCCGCGAGCAGCGCCAAUCAGUCUCGCCCCUCGGGCGACAACAACAAAGCCUCUAACAACAAUGGCUCUGAGAAUCGUCGCAACCCGCGCCAUGACCACAGAAAGCCAGGCAAAGGACGAUCAGAGAAGGGACGCGGAGAAUGGGGUCGUGAGAAGGGCGACAAGCGCAAGAAGAAUGAUGAAUUCAAGGAGUUCAAGCGUCGCAAACUGAACAAGAAGGGCGAUUCGGCUGAUGGCGAGUCAAGCAACAACCCCUUCUCCAAGGAUGAGAUUGCUGCCGAGGAGCGACGACCCAAGCGAAAGGUUGCUGUCAUGAUUGGAUAUGCGGGCACUGGCUACAAGGGAAUGCAGGUCAAUGGCAACGAGAAGACCAUUGAGGCCGAUCUAUUCAAGGCUUUUGUCGCCGCAAGCGCUAUUUCCAAGGCCAAUGCCGACGACCCCAAGAAGUCGAGUCUUGUUCGAUGCGCUCGAACCGAUAAGGGUGUGCAUGCGGCUGGCAACGUCAUCAGUUUGAAGCUUAUCAUUGAAGACGAGGAUAUUGUGGACAAGAUCAACGCCGAGCUACCUGAACAGAUCCGAAUUUGGGGUAUCCAGCGAACAAACAACGCCUUCAGCUGUUACCAGACCUGCGACUCAAGAUGGUACGAGUAUCUGAUGCCCAGCUACUGUCUUCUACCUCCCCACCCCGAGUCUUUCUUAGGCCAAAAACUCGUUGAGUUGGCCAAGGAGCACGGUGUGGAGGAUGAGCUGGCUGCUCGGAUGGAGGACGUCAAGGAUUUCUGGUCCGAUGUGGAAGAGAAGGAGAUUAAGCCCAUCUUGGCCCGGUUAGAUCCCGAGACCAAGGCCGCCGUUUUGGAGCGAGUCCACGUUAUGGAUGAUGAAGAGGUCGCUGCACGCAAGGAGGCUGCGAAAGAGACCGAAGAGAGCGCACCAGCAGAGGAGAAGCCCGCUACUGAGACACCCGCUGGUGAGACUGCUGAACAAGCUACAGAGCCUGAGACUCAACAGUCUGGCCUUGUUCUGGAGAGCCACAAGCCCAAGAACCGUGAGCUCGGCCCUGUUGAUUUCGCUCUUCGAGACAUCAAGGCAGCUUAUGUUGCCGCUAAGCGACGAUACCGUGUCAGCACCGAGCGCCUGAACCGUCUUCAGGAGGCCCUUAGCAAGUACAACGGCACAAAGAACUUCCACAACUACACUGUUCAAAAGUCAUUUUUUGAUCCCUCCGCGAAGCGACACAUCAAGUCAUUCGUUGUCAACCCUAAGCCCAUCAUCAUCAACGACACAGAAUGGCUGUCUCUCAAGGUCCACGGACAGAGCUUCAUGAUGCACCAGAUCCGAAAGAUGGUUGGUCUAGCCAGUUUGAUCGUUCGCUGUGGCACUCCCAUGGAACGUAUCAACGAGAGCUACCAGAACCAAAAGAUGGCCAUCCCCAAAGCCCCCGGUCUCGGACUUUUGCUUGAGCGACCCGUCUUCCACAACUACAACCGAAAGGCCACCGAAUCACUCGGAAAGGAAGCGAUCGACUUUGACAAGUACGAAGAGAAGAUCCAAGCCUUCAAGGACAAGCAGAUCUACACUCGUAUUUUCACUGUGGAGGAGAAGGAUAACUCGUUUCACAUGUUCUUCAACCAGAUUGACCAGUUCAAGACAAAUCACUUCCUGUGGCUCACAGCUGGCGGUAUGAAGGCUGCCGAGAUCGCAAGGGACACGACAGGUGAAAAGGUGCAGCAGGAUGUUGAUAAGCAGCUCGGUGAUGAGGAUGAGGAGGAUCCCGAGGGCGGUGAGGGUUAG